AAUCAUAAAAUAAUUGGACGUCAAGGGAUUUUAAUAGGACUGUUCUUUAGAUUUGAUUUUCUGCUUGUGGUUUUGUUCUGUAUUUGUUUUCUUCAACAUAAUUCUUGCGUUUCCCCGUAGAAAUCAGCUUUAUUGUUGUAGUAAAUUCUUCAUACGACUCAUGAACGUUUUUGCCUUUACAUACUCACAGUAGUAUUCCAUUCUUGAGACCCCAUUUCUGAUCACAAGUUAUCAAACCAGUUUAUUUUAGUCCAACUGUGUAUAAAUGUUAAUCAAGGGUUUAAAUUCAUUAAGAGAGAAUAAUUGUACAGCACUUGAGCUUGGUGUUUAUGCACUUUUGUUUUCCUAGCAAUGGUUUUUAAUUUGGCCCUCAUCAAUCUGAAAAGAUCUUCACAGCCAUUUCUGAUUAAAGUUUGUUCAAAAGACAUCAAGUGAUAAAUAUCUGUUUACAGGUGAAUUAAUAUUUUUCAGAAUCCUGGUGAUUUAUUCUUAAAUGGAAAUCUUCAGACUUGGAGAGGUUGGACCUCCUAAAGAUGAUGAUUUUAAUCGCUUUAAGAUCUUCGUUAAGGACGAAAUAAACUGGAAACGCCGACAUAAAAAGAAGAAUGUAGAAGUUUUUACACGCUCAACCGCACAUACCAAUAUGAAAAUGAUCAAAGUUGUAGCCAUAUUUCCAGACGUAUCGUCGCAUGUGAUAUAUGACAUGUUGCAUGACAACGACUAUCGAUCGUCAUGGGACAAUACUAUGAAAGAGUCGACUGAAAUUUGCCGUAUUACAUGGAACUGUUCUAUCGAACAUUUCGGAUUCAGAGCACCAUUUGCGUUUGCUAAUCGCGACUUUGUUAUGUUGCGCGCGUGGCAACCAUAUGAAAAUGAAUACAUUAUAUUCAAUCGAUCAGUAUUCCACAAGAAAGUGCCUCCACGACCAGAUUAUGUGCGGGCCCUGACAUUCAUUACUGGUUAUGUUAUUACUGCCCUUAGUCCUGUAUCAUGCCAAUUAAUGUAUUUAACGCAGAACGAUCCGAGAGGUGACAUUCCAUCAUGGGCAAUAAACCUGGCAACCACAAAGGUGGCUCCACGUCUUGUAAAGUCACUUCACCGAGCUGCUCUAUGCUACCCAGGUUGGAAAGCUCAAAACCGACCAGAAUUUAAACCAUGGCGAAAUCCGGAACAACAAGACAAAUCAGUACCUGCACUGUGUUAUAGUGAUAUUUUGAGGGAACCCGACUUUUCUUUAAAGAAGGUUCAUGAAAAACAUGCGAGCAAAGAAAAAGCCCUGAAGGAAGUUGGUUUACCGCUUGACACAAGGUUGGAUGAAGAUAGCUCCUAGUUAUUUAAUUUUUAUUAUGUUCUACUUGUUUAUUUUCAAACCAUGUUAUAUAACCUUUCAUAUGUAUUGGUUAGAUCAGGUUUAUUGAUUAAUUAAUUGAUUAUCUUAAAUGACUCACUGUCUAUUAUCCUUGUAUUGGUGUUCCGUUAUGAUAUUCCUAAAUUUCAUGUAGUUCAAUAUUCUAAGGGGACAACAUAUAUUUAAAGUUUAAAUUUUUAAGAAAAUGAACAAUAGAUGAAAUAAAUGUUUUGACUUUGUUUUA